GGUCAGUCUCCGCCCGGAGCUCCCGGGAUCAGCUGGCGGGCGGGCGGGCGCCGAACGCGGCCCCGGCUCUGGCUGCAGCGCCGCCUCCUCUCCGCGUCGCAGGCCGGCCGGGCGGCCGUGACAAUGUUGCGGGGCUGCUAGCUGGUGCCGGCCGCCGAGCCGUCUCAAGUUUAAACUUACACGAAUCGCUCUCUUGAGGAGGAGGGGACCGCCGCGCGAUUGUCACGCAUAUUCCUAUAGGCAUCCUCCUUCAGCCCCCACCCCCACGGCCGGAUUCGGGUGGCUCCUCUCCCAGCUGAAAUCCGAGAAGAAAUCCUUGGAUCUCUUGUUUUCUUUAAAAAAAAAAAAAUCUAGAAACCGACGGUAUUUUGCUUUACUGCCUCCUUUUCGCACGAUGAAGAAGUUUUUCGACUCCAGGCGAGAGCAGGGCGGCUCUGGCCUGGGCUCCGGCUCCAGCGGAGGAGGGGGCAGCACCUCGGGCCUGGGCAGUGGCUACAUCGGAAGGGUCUUUGGCAUUGGGCGACAGCAGGUCACUGUGGACGAGGUGUUGGCAGAAGGUGGAUUUGCCAUCGUGUUUCUGGUGAGGACAAGCAAUGGAAUGAAAUGUGCCUUGAAACGCAUGUUUGUCAACAAUGAGCAUGAUCUCCAGGUGUGCAAGAGAGAAAUCCAGAUAAUGAGGGACCUGUCAGGGCACAAGAACAUCGUGGGGUACAUUGACUCCAGUAUCAACAAUGUGAGUAGCGGUGACGUGUGGGAGGUGCUCAUCCUGAUGGACUUCUGCAGGGGAGGCCAGGUGGUCAAUCUGAUGAACCAGCGCCUGCAAACAGGUUUCACAGAGAACGAAGUGCUCCAGAUAUUUUGCGACACCUGUGAAGCUGUUGCCCGCCUGCAUCAGUGCAAGACUCCUAUUAUCCACCGCGACCUGAAGGUUGAAAAUAUUCUCUUGCAUGACCGAGGCCACUACGUCCUCUGUGACUUUGGAAGUGCCACCAACAAGUUCCAGAAUCCGCAGACUGAAGGAGUCAACGCAGUAGAAGAUGAGAUUAAGAAAUACACAACGCUGUCCUAUCGAGCGCCAGAAAUGGUCAACCUGUACAGUGGCAAAAUCAUCACUACGAAGGCAGACAUUUGGGCUCUUGGAUGUUUGUUAUAUAAGUUAUGCUACUUCACUUUGCCAUUUGGAGAGAGUCAAGUGGCAAUUUGUGAUGGAAACUUCACAAUUCCUGAUAAUUCCCGAUAUUCCCAAGAUAUGCACUGCCUAAUUCGGUAUAUGUUGGAACCGGACCCCGACAAGAGGCCAGAUAUUUACCAAGUCUCCUACUUCUCGUUUAAACUACUCAAGAAAGAAUGCCCAAUUCCAAAUGUACAGAACUCUCCCAUUCCUACAAAGCUUCCUGAACCAGUGAAAGCCAGUGAGGCAGCUGCAAAAAAGACCCAGCCGAAGGCCAGGCUGACAGAUCCCAUUCCCACAACAGAGACUUCAAUUGCACCCCGCCAGAGGCCGAAAGCUGGGCAGACUCAGCCCAACCCAGGAAUCCUCCCCAUCCAGCCAGCCCUGACACCUCGAAAGAGGGCCACGGUUCAGCCCCCACCGCAGGCUGCAGGAUCCAGCAACCAGCCGGGCCUUUUAGCCAGUGUUCCUCAACCCAAAGCCCAGCCCCCGCCCAGCCAACCCCUCCCGCCGUCCCAGCCCAAGCAGCCCCAGGUGCAGGCCGCCCCGCAGCAGACGCCUUCCGCUCCGGCCCAGGGUCUGCCCGCGCAGGCCCAGGCCACACCCCAGCACCAGCAGCAGCUCUUCCUCAAGCAGCAGCAGCAGCCGCAGCAGCAGCAGCCGCAACAGCAGCAGCCGCAGCCGCAGCCGCAGGCACCGCCACCUGCCCAGCAGCCGGCGGGUGCGUUUUACCAGCAGCAGCAGCCCCAGGCUCAGCAGUUUCAGGCAGUACACCCAGCUGCCCAACAACCAGCGAUCACCCAGUUCCCUGUGGUGUCCCAGGGAAGCUCUCAGCAGCAGCUGAUCCAGAACUUCUACCAGCAGCAGCAGCAGCUGCUGACUCAGCAGGCUGCCUUACAGCAGAAGACCGCGGUGGCAGCCGCACCGCAGCCCCAGGCACAGCCGGCCACAGCCUCCCAGCCACCCCCUGCCCAGGAGCCAGUGAUUCAAGCCCCAGUAAGACAACAGCCAAAGGUUCAGACAACGCCACCGCCUGCCAUCCAGGGACAGAAACUCGGAUCUCUCACUCCUCCAUCAUCCCCCAAGGCCCAGCGUGCUGGACACAGGCGGAUUCUCAGUGACGUGACCCACAGUGCGGUCUUUGGAGUUCCUGCCAGCAAAUCAACCCAGCUGCUCCAGGCAGCUGCAGCUGAGGCCAGUCUCAACAAGUCCAAGUCUGCAACCACCACUCCUUCCGGCUCCCCUCGGGCCUCCCAGCAAAACGUUUAUAAUCCUUCAGAAGGUCCCACGUGGAACCCCUUUGACGAUGACAAUUUCUCCAAACUCACAGCUGAAGAACUGCUUAACAAGGACUUUGCCAAGCUGGGGGAAGGCAAACAUCCUGAGAAGCUUGGAGGCUCAGCUGAGAGUUUGAUCCCAGGCUUUCAACCAGCCCAAGGUGAUGCUUUUGCUGCUCCCUCGUUUUCUGCUGGACCUGCUGAAAAAAGGAAGGGUGGGCAGACUGUGGAUUCUAGCCUUCCUCUUCUAAGCGUAUCUGAUCCUUUCAUUCCUCUUCAAGUUCCUGAGGCAGCAGAAAAACUAAUUGAGGGACUCAAAUCUCCUGACACUUCUCUUCUGCUCCCCGACCUCUUGCCUAUGGCAGAUCCUUUUGGUAGCACUUCUGAUGCUGUAAUUGAAAAAGCUGACGUGGCUGUUGAGAGUCUCAUUCCGGGACUGGAGCCCCCGGUGCCCCAGCGCCUCCCAUCUCAGACGGAAUCCGUGACCUCGAACCGCACAGGUCUCCAGAGAGAGCCCAACCCCUGUCCUGUAAUAAGUGUAGAGCACUUUAAAGAGUCAACGGGUGUGAAAGGCCUUCCCCUGUAUGCAGACCCCUCCAGAGUUCCUGGCACGAAAACUCAGAACAAUUUAGAAUCUGACUACUUGGCCCGAGAUGGCCCCUCAAGCAACAGCUCGUUCCACAGCAGUGAAGAGGAAGGGACUGACGUCGAGGGGGACAUGCUGGACUGCAGUGGGUCGCGACCCCUCCUCAUGGAGUCCGAAGAGGAGGAGGAGAGCUGCAGGCCCCCCCAGGGGAAGCUGGGAGGAGCCGUGCCCUUCGCCCAGCCGGAGGUCUCCACCCAGCAAGCCGAGGCCGUGCCAGGGGGAAGAAAGAACCAGUUCCAAGCCCUCACGCAACCAGCCGCCGAUGGUCUCGGGGAGCCAGACGUUUUCGCCACUGCCCCCUUCCGGAGCUCCCGGGUCCCCGCUGAUGACACGGACAUUUUCACCAAAGCCCCGUUCGUCUCCAAGGGCAGCGUGGCUCCUUCCCAGCCAGAGGAGGCAGACGUGUUCUUGAGAGCUCCUUUUACCAAGAAGAAAAGCGUGGAGGAGUUAACGGUGGCCCCGAGCCCCUCCCAGGAGUCGCCGGCGCAGGCCAGCCUCCUUGGUCAGACCGACGACCUGCCUCUGCUCCCGGGCCUUGAUCGAGCCGUGUACCCCUCUGUCCGAGCUCAGUAUUCCAGGGCUGGUUUUGCCCAGCCGUCUAACCUCCCCUCCCAUUCUGCGCAAGCAGCAGACCAUCUUGAGAGCAUCGCUCCCAGGGGCUCUUCCCUGGAAUCUGGGGCCCAUCCUAAUGACAGAAACAAAGGACCUCAGACCCAGAAAGAAGCUGUCUCAGGCCCCACGGCUGGCAAACCAUUCCGCCCCCAGUCUUUAUCCAAAUAUUCCCGUCACUAUAGCCCGGAAGACGAGCCAAGUCCAGAAGCCCGGCCCAUUGCUGCCUACAAAAUUGUUUCUCACACCAAUAAGCAGUCGAUCGCUGGCUCUGUUUCCAUCACAUCCCUUUCCUCCAGGACUACGGAGCUGCCAGCUGCUGAUCCUUUUGCCUUAGCACCCUUUCCUUCAAAAUCAGGCAAGCAGAAACCUUAGGAGCCAUACCUGAGCCUUAGGCCCCUGUCUCUACCCCACCCUCCGCACCCCCCAUCACUCCGGGCUGAGCCUUCCUGGGAAGAAAUAUAUCAAGUGUGAUGUGACCUUUCAGUUCCAUGAGUCAGAGCAGAACUUCUUCAGUCAGCAAACUCAACUGAGGUGAUACUAAGUUGAAACUCCUUUAAGUUACACUCAUUUCUUUGGUUUAUAGUGAUUUCUAGACUGUCAGGCAUUUCUAGCUCCACCUCCACCCAGAACUCUGCUUUUUUUUUUUUUUUUUUGGUUUGCCCAGAAACAGUUUAAGUCUAGAACUACUUCCCAGUAAAUCGAGAGAUAACUUCCCAAAGGGGCCAUGUUAUUGCUAGUUCUAUUCCUGUAGGUCCUGUUCUGAGUCUUGUCUGUUAAGGAAUCAAGGAGAGUCCCUCCAGGACUUGAUUUCAUACUCCUGACAAGGGUAUAUUUCAGGAAGGACAUGCAAGAUCAAAAUUCCACACGUCAAAAGGAAGUGUAACCCUGCAGAUGCUGAUCAUUCCCGUAAAAGCAGCAGCUCUGGAAAGAUUCUCUGGAUCUGUUUCUGAGUCCGUGGAAACCAGGCUGGCCCUCGUGCAUGAGUGUGGGUGUGUAAUGUGUGUCAGAUCCUUUUCUGUGUAGAAGUGCAAACCGAUGAGGGAUCUGUGCUCGUGUCUAAUAGUACUGAACCAUCCUCAUGGGCACACUUCUCAAAUCCGUAUGUGUGCGCAUGUCUGUGUGCACAGGAAGCACCUUCCCUUUAGGGAAGUCCUGUCCCACCAGGCAAACCUCCACAGUCACUCAUUUACUGGUAUUUGUCUCCUGAUCUAACUGACUUGAACCCUGUUUUUUUAAGUUCUUUUCUCAUGGCAAAUUUGAAUUCAUUGGAAUGUGUGGGAAAAUUCUGCUGGAACUGAAGUUUCUAAGUAGCUUUUUUUUUUCUUUCCCCUUCCAGAAUUUGCUGUUUGCUAUUAACAAAUUCCAUUUACACAGUCUUGAAAAAGAAUUAUCCUUAUAUGGUUUCCCCUCAGAACAACAGAAAAAAGCACCUUGUUACAGUUCCAACCCCUGGGUUUGCGGUCUAAGUAAUUUUUAAAAGUACUUAAAAACCUUAGGUCUGAGGACUCCAUGCUGUCAUUAUAAAAUUAAUUUAUCAUGAGACUAGACCACCAAUUCGAUUUUCCUGUUUGUUUUUCCACAUCCUUGCCAUCUUUCUCUACUGCCUCUUAAGGCAAUAGAAAUUCAAGACAUGUAAGUUUGUCUGUGAGAAUGGAAAAGAGCUGAAUCAGCUAGCCUUGAAAACCUUUCUAUUCUCUCCUUUGAUGUUGAAGCAGGUCAGAUAGGUGACUGACUUGUGCUUUUGAAAUGUCUCCUCUUUCUGGAAAGAUCUGACUCAUUCUUGGCUGUUUUCAUAUCCUUUAUUAGGAGUGCCUUAAAAGGAAACUUAGGUCUCGAUGGGACAAUUUUGCUGAAGAAGUUCAACUUAAUGUUUCCACUUGAAAGCUUCGUGUGACUUGGAGUAAAUGUUAGUGAUUUCUCCAUUAGCUGGAGAAGUUGGGAGAGUUGCUUACCAAAUCAGAUUAACGAUUUAAGAAUUAUUGGAAAUUCAUCCAAGAAUGGAGCCUGAAUGCCAAACUCGAUUGCAGUGAAUUAGGUGUCAUACUCUUUAAGUCUGAAGUUCAAGGAUCUUGGCAGUAAAAUAUGAACAGAGUCUUUUCAAGACUUUUUCUAAUCUAGUCUCCACCCAUUUUGUCUGACCAUAUUAAAAGGUAAAUAACGGGCACUGGACCGGGGCUACCAGCAGUGGUUUUCCAACUGAGGUUCUGGCUGUGCUGGUCCUUCACUUUGGCAGAUACUAAAUGUUCAUUCUCAGAGUUGGCUUUUCUCCUGGUGAUCAUUUCUGAAUUUUCUAUGUAACAGUGGAUGCAGAAUCAUCUUUCCAGCUGAAUGGUUUUGGCUCACGUAUAUGAAACAGUGCACCCCAAACUCUUCCCUUGGCCAUUACCAAGUAAAGCCUUCACGUUCCGGAGCUAAAAGGAUAAAGGGAGUAUUCAGGGAGAGUCUCACCCCAGAAACUCUUAUUAAAUUAGAAGGUCAUUCUGAUUCACUCUUCCAAAUAGUCAGCAUUGCCUCUGGAACAGCCCUGCAAAAUGACUUUCCUUGGGUUAUCUGAUCAGUCCCUCCUGAUCAUUUUAGUCAUCAAGGUUAAGUCAGUAAAAUCAUGGUGGCCAUUUUAGUUUUCAAGGUAAAACCAGUAAAAUCAUGGUGAUUUUAUUAUAUAAUUGAAUCAGUUGUCAAGCUGGGCUUGUAAGCCUUUUUUAAUGCUCACUGGAGACCUAUGAUGGGUGGAGACAAAAUACCUUUUAAAAUAGGAAAUGAAUAUAAACACAUGCAAAUUACUUUUGUGUUCUUACUGGGUGUUCCAUGAAAAUUUUUUGACUAAACCCUAUAGUCAAAUUUAGAAUACAUUAAUAGCUAAUAACUAGUGAAUUCUGCACUGAUCUUCUUGGGAUCACAUAGGGGAAAUGUAUCAUUUAAAGAUAAAAUGUUGCCAGAGGCCAUCCUGAAUCUGGACGUCUGGAAAGUGUAGUUUUAAGGGGAUCACGAGUGCUCAGGGUGCUUUGGAUUCGUAGCAAAUGCAUGUUUCCAACAACUACUGCAGCAGGUUAACAUUAAAGAGAAAAAACAUAUAGUCAACAAAAUACCACAGUGUUUGUAUUAGUUUAUGUGUUAACUUGCUUUACACAUAAGAUACGGAACGCGGGAACCUGUGACCUUUCAUUUCAAUGGAGCACAAUGAGCCAGAAUAUAUUUAGACAUAAAGCACUGAACCGUGACAUACACUGAUGAACUCUUAUUAAAGAAUCCACAGUAACCGACUAACAGGCACUAUUGAAUUAAUGAAGUUAUCUGAUGUGUGGUGAAAAAUAUUCAGCAUAUCUGUUUCUUGGGCUCACAGCCCUUUGGCUCCAAAUCCUUGUUAGAUGGGAAAAUGGAACGAACAAAAUUUGAUGCUGAAGCAGUUGCUGGGCAGGACCUGAGGGAAUCUAGGUCACAAACUCCAUUUCAUUUUGGGUCCGCUCAUUGUUGACUUGAAAAUUCGUAUGUGUGGACUGGUAUGUAUGAAUUCACAUGCCCACAUUAGGUCUGAGUUUCACCAGGCAACCAAGAUUUCUUUUGAAAUUUUCAAGAAAAAUACCAGUAUCUUAUUGAUCCAUUAUCUAGUAAGUUUUUCUUUCUUCUUCUUCUUUUUUUGGAAUUUUUUUAAAUGGAGGUACUGAGAAUUGAACCCGGGACCUCAUGCAUGCUAAGCAUGACCACUGAGCUAUACCCAGCCCUGAGUAAGUUUUAGAAUACAUGUACAUCAGUGUUUCCAACUAUCUGGUGGACAUUUCGCUGGCUCAUAAAGUAGCAGAUUUCAGUUUUCUUUAAAAUAGGUGUAAUUACCAGAGUGAUCUGACAAUAGACAUUCAAUCAUGCUGUAUUUGCUUCUAUAACAAGAAGUCAUCAAAACGUAGGUUAUGUAAUAUGUAUGCAUUAUGUCAAAUAGGAAAUUUUAUUAUAUAAGAAACUAGAAAAGGGUGAGAUCCAACUCACUUUCCAGCAGGAAGGAUACUACUUAAAAUGGAAACCUGUAAGUCCCUUGAAUAAAGUGUCCUAUGUCUUUGGAAUUGAAAUUGGAGAACACGGGCCAAUCAGCUCUGGAAUGGCUGCUCAUUACACAGAUGCAGUUUUAUAUGAGGAAUUUAGAACCCAGAUUAUUCGGAUGUAAAUUAUAUAGGAGAGCCACUGAAAAGACCACAGCUUCUAAGGGGGCAGGAGUGCCUUAUAAAUGCCCAUCGCUACCCCUGAGUUAACCCUUCAAUCCGGCCUUCUGGAGUAAGCAUGAAGAUUUUAAAUGGAAUCAUGUGAUUUAAAUUCUUACUUUUCCCAACGACAUUGUCAACUACUACUUGUAGUUCGUCUGUGUGUUUGAACCACCAGAACACUUGCAGAUGUGUGAAGUUCACUUGAAGGAAUUCAAAAUGCUUGAAAAUAAAAAGUAGUAUCUGGUUGGGAAUUGUUUUUGUGUUCUUUUGCUCCAGAAUAAAUGUGCUAGGUUGCUGCUGAAAACAACUAGCUGCUCAGCUUGGAUUAGGCAUCCACGCUGGCAGUGUCUUGAUUUCCAAGAUGCCACCUUGCUCUCUGACCUCCUGGUCCUACUGGCCUCAUUUUGCACUUUGACCUUUAUUAUAGGAAACAGGCCUCCCACGUGUGAUGCCCAAGAUCCCUUCGUUAAAACACUGCCAGACACAGGUCUUCCUGCCUUUUCUCUACCCCUGCAAAGUCUUUCUGGCUCACCUUCCUUCUUCCUGUUCCUGCUUCAUUUCCUCACAUGACAUUCCUCAAUUUAUGACCAUCCCAGUAUGGGUAAUGAGAAAUGUGAUUGAUCAUGUUAAUUCGUAUUUGCUUCCCUUGUUACUGUCAACAGUUUCUUCUUAAAUUUCAGCCUAGCCUGUGAUAAUCCCACCACACUGGAAUAAUUCCAAAUAAGAAUGAAAUGGCACAUCUUUCCCAUUUCUUACAGACUAGAAGGAAGGAUGAAGGAAGGUUGGCAGAAGCCCAGCCUCCCCCUAUGGAGAUGCAACCCAAAGGCCUCAGUGCUCUCCACCUUGACCUGACACAGGCCCGGAGUGCCCCAGAAUGCAGGGGCAAGUUCAUGUGUGAAGAGACCCUAGACUAGCUGGUAAAAAUGGCUAAAUGUUAACCAGCCCACUGGUGGCUUAGUCCAGCAUCCCUAUACCUUGUAAUUCCACAAGAAAUUUAGUCUGAGCUCAGAAGUGUCGAUGUGAGUGACAUACUGUUUAGAGUUUACAGUGACAAUGUUCUGUUCUUGAAAUUAAGUCAAUGUUACCCACGUUGCAUCAGAAUAGAACCACAUACACAUGUUGGAAGGAUCGGUUUGAUUCCUUUUGAUAAGGAAUUGCAGAAAUGGUUGUUACCAAUGUCCACUGUGAGACUUUGGGAGUGAGAGAAGGUGAUACCACCUUCCCACCCUGAAAUGGCAAGUCAGUUGUCUUCUCUGAGUCUACCAAGGACUCCUGUUUGACGAGUGUGAGUGGAGUGUGUGCCUGUGUACAUGUGUGUGUAUCCUCAUGCUUUCUGCCGUGGUUUUGAAGACCUCCUAAGGAAGGCAUCCAAAGACACUCAGGAGGUGACAGUAGGUAUCUAGAGUGAGUAAAUCCAGUUCUGUUUGCCUACAACUUUCUGAGUGAGAACUGGAGUUGUUCCAGAUGAAGGUGGGAAAACUCAGCCAUUGCCUUAGACUCGUUUCCACAGUAAGCAUGCUCUUCUCAUCCACAAGGAUGAGACUCAGUAGGGUUUGACCUGAACCCCUGGCUCGUGUGUGGUAUUGGGAGAGCAGUAAUGACCAGAACACUACAAGGCCUGCAAGAUGUCACUUGGAAAGAUGGAACAUUUAACGUCAUUUGUUAAGGGAUAGAAACCAAAUAAAGGCCAAGGACCAUGAAGAAGAGGUGACCUCCCUCUACUGACUGUAUUUUGAGUUGACGGAGGUCGGCCCAGCUGUAAGGAGUAUUGAGGUCAUCAGACCUCAGAAAACAGUAUGUGCAUGCAGUCUCAAGGGCUGUGACAUGAGAAAGGGAAAAAGACAUUUACAGAGUCAAUCUUAACAGUUUUUGCAAUACCUCUUAUUUGCAGAUUAUUGGAUUUAUGUUAUUGUACCCUUUGUGUGAUCUAUCUUAUGUAUCUGAUAGUUUUUAUGAAUUAAUUGUUUGAGUUGUAAACUCCUAUACACUUUAUUAAAAUGGACCUAAUUAAAAUAAA